GCGCCGCUGCUCUUCCGCGGUUUUUACAGAUCCACGGUUUUCACAGAUUUUUUCGCGGUUUUCACAGUUCGCCCGGUAUUUAAAGGGGAAAAAUGGCCUUAGCCUUCGAUUUCGGUUCGAUUACAAAUGUACUUUCCGAUCUUGAUCAGUCCGGCGUCCGUUGGGUUGGAAAGGCGUCGAAAUGGGGAACUGCCGCCGAAGCCCAAGGCCUUAUCGAUGCCAUCGAUCGUUGUAAAAUUCUUCGCUUCCUGAAUCUCGAAGGAAACACACUUGGCGUUGAAGCCGCUGGCGCAAUCGCCAAAGCGUUGGAAAAGCAUCCGGAGCUGCAGCAAGCACUCUGGAAAGAUCUGUUCACAGGACGCAUGAAGGAAGAGAUUCCGAUCGCCCUGAAGGCACUUGGACAGGGAAUGAUAACAGCGGGUGCACAGCUAACCGUGCUCGAUUGCUCGGACAACGCACUUGGUCCGAAUGGGAUGGUCGGUUUAGUAGAUCUACUCAAGAGCGCCACUUGCUAUUCGCUAAAGGAACUGAAGUUGAACAAUUGCGGCUUGGGCAUCGAGGGCGGCACCAUGCUGGCAAAGGCCUUACUUGAAGGACAUGCCGGUAGCAAGGCUACCGGUAAACCACUAGCUCUCAAGGUGUUCAUUGCAGGCCGUAACCGGUUGGAGAAUGCUGGAGCAAAAGCACUGUCAGAAAUGUUCGCCACAAUUGGAACGCUCGAGCAAAUUGAAAUGCCACAAAACGGAAUUUACCACCCGGGCAUCACGGCCCUAUCGGAAGCGUUCAAAGGGAAUCCGAAUCUUCGUAUUUUAAAUUUGAACGACAACACCAUCGGACCGCGUGGUGCGGCUGCACUAGCCGAUGCCUUGGUGUACCUGCAGCAACUACGAGAGAUAAAUUUCGGCGAUUGUUUGCUGAAAACGCGAGGUGCCCUACUGAUCGGAGAAGCUCUUCACGAAGAACAUUUGCAGAUCGAGCUUCUAGACUUCGGUUUCAAUGAGAUAGGACCAGAAGGUGGACUGGCGUUAGUGAACGCUGCCGCCAACAAGGAAAGGCUUCGAUCGAUUGUUUUAAAUGGGAAUGCAUUCGGCGAUGAAUGUUGCGAACAAAUGAUAGAAUUAAUGGACGACUAUGGGCGAGCGGAUGCUUUCGGGCCGCUUGAUGAAGAUGCAGGAGAUAAUGAAGAAGAUGAUGAAGACGAAGAUGAAGAGGUCAGCGAAGAAGAGGAGGAGGAAGAAGAGCCGAACGAAGACGAGGAUAAUGAUGAGACCGAUGAGGAAACUGCCGAAGGAUAUGAUGAUGAACAACCUCACGAAGACGAAGAUGAGGAGUCAUUAUUGAUUCGCCGACGAGAUCACACCGUCAACGAUACAUCGACUGUUUCUAUCGACCUGGAUGCAACGAUACCCAAUACCAUUGAAUCGUUCUGUCACGUCAAUUUCCCCACGGAAACGAUGUUUCUUAGCCUUCCUGAUACCGAUCUGGCAGCCGGGUUUCGAGAAUAUCUUGCUGAGGCCACAGCGCAGAAUAAUGACUAUCUGACACACGUGGCAUUCACGAUUUUGAAAUGCUCAGAGUUGGCUGAACAACAUCCAAAGGCUUUGGCGGUUGCGAUCGCACUAUACCAUGAUGCAUUUGACUACGCUAGGGCCAACCAAAAAAUGACGAAACUGCGGGACUUUAUUUUAAUACAGCUCGGGUUGCUCAAGAGCGAAGAACCCUACAAACCGACAUACAAUGUGCAGAGCUGUCGGUAUGCUCUCCGUAUGGCACUUGACCAACAGGUUGUUCCGGAAGAGGAGCAGAUGAUCUUUCGCACAUUCCUCGAUCGCAUUGGGCAAAAUGAAUGAAGAGAUGAUUUAAUGGAGGAUGAUUAUCUUUGUAAAUCGCAAACUUUUUAUUAGUAUUUAAUGUUACUCGAAAUAAAACAAAUAUCACUAGAAACGCAGAAGUCUGUACUAUGGCACUAGGAUGAUUUGCAAGAGAAAAAUAAAACCAAAAACAAAGCCCUCAUAUCCAAUUAUUGCUUCAUAGUAUUCCAGCAAACCCUCGGCAAAUAAAUUGUUGGUUUUGGAUCUGAUGUUCUAUGCUCUCCACCGAUAGAUAGUGAGGCCAUCUAUUGAUAUCUUCGGCGUAGCUUAACCAUGCUACUAUAUCGAACGGUUAGUGCUUGAGUAGUAGUAUCAUAAAACAGGUAAGUUGUUGUGCAGUAAGAGACUGGUUGCGAGGCUCGGCGUAACUCAAUGACACAACGGUUGAAUGUUCUGAUUUGUACUCAGCAGGUCGUUGGAACGCACC